GUGUCAGAGUUAUUUCGAGAUGGUAAGAUUUAUCUUUUUCUCCUCUGUAUCUGUAUUUUUACGUUUCACAUCCAUUUGCUUGGCUGUGAUGAGGCGGAAGUGGGCGCAUUAGUCGUGAUGGUUUGCAAGCGCAGACCUAAAGUUAAAAUAUUCAAGUUUUGCAGCGGUGACAACACUUUCAUUCAGAGGAUUCCAAUCAAAAGCCGCAUUGAAAAGGCUUAUCUGUCGGGUCUUAGUAUGUAAAUGAUGGGCAUAUAUAUAUGCUAACAAAGCUGAAAUGUUAAAAUAGCGGCGAUUCAACUCACUUGUUUACAGGUGUAACUAUUCUGCAAGAAAUAAGCUUACUGCCCCUCUUCCUGCAAGGUGCGUCUAACCACAGGAGUUUGAAAUUUUAUCAAUAAAGUCAAUAAAAUUCACUUGAUUGACCAAGCCAUGAGCUAUGCGUUAGCAUAGCGAACAGGAAUGAAACGCGGUUUUGGAGAAAUCUCGAGUUUCGCAUUGAACCACCGCGCAAUGAAUAUAACUCCAUGGCAGAUUAAAGGUGAAAAACUACUGCUCAGCAGGAGGAGGCAAAGGCGGAAAGAAAGGGAGAAGAAACUGAAACUUUAUAAUGCUGGUACUUCUGCAGCAUUUAAAAAAAGAUUGAAUGGAGAAUUUGAUGAGGAAGGACUGAAGCUCACAGGAGAUAUUCUCUCUGUUAACCCGGAUUUCUAUUCUCUCUGGAACUACCGCAAAGAAAUCUUUCUGUUCAUGAAAGAUAACAAAGAGGAUGAGUUUGUACAGAAGCUGAUGCAGGAUGAGCUUGGGUUUCUAGAGUCGUGUCUGAAGCUUAAUCCAAAGUCAUAUGGAGCCUGGCAACAUCGCUGUUUCAUCAUGGAGAACAUGCCCUGUCCGGACUGGGAGCGGGAACUCCAGCUCUGUAAUACAUUUCUGGAGUAUGAUGAACGAAACUUUCACUGUUGGGAUUAUCGACGAUUUGUUGUUCUGAUAUCAGAUGUAGAUUUAGAACAGGAACUUGUUUACACAACAGAGAAAAUUCAGAAUAACUUCUCCAACUAUUCAUCAUGGCAUUAUCGCAGUAAACUUCUUCCUGUCAUCUUCCCAGACCCCGCCCACCCAGUCAGGGUACAAGAGGACAUUCUGCUGCAAGAACACGAGACGGUGCAGAAUGCCAUAUUUACAGAUCCAGAUGACCAGAGUGCUUGGUUUUAUCACAGAUGGCUACUUGGCAGAGGAAGGAAAAAAUUGCAGAUCAGCUGUGUUCACGCCUCUCGUAAAUCAAACGAGAUCAUAGUGCAGCUGACCAAUUACAUUAAGGUGGGUUCCGGUCACCAGUUAUCAGUCAACAUCAACAGCACAUCAGUAGCAACAACAUGGAGAAACGUAACAGGUUCUACUAAUUACAGCGAUAUCUGGAUAACAACAGUGAAGGAUGCUCUGCAGACAGAUGAGGAUUUGUCUAUCGGAGUAACGUUACUGACUGAGUCAGACUGCACACAGUUCUCGCAAGGCCUGCAGCUUAAUCAGGGUCAGGAAGAAGCUUGGGCAAUGGCUGGCUACAAGGCAGGCACCAGAUUUAGCAUUGAGCUCAGUGCUGCAGCCAGCACCACUCUGGAGAAAGAACUGGAGGGAAUCCAGGAGCUGCACUCUGUGGAGCCUGAAAACAAAUGGGUUCUUCUGACCUUGUUGUACUUGAUGAAGGCCAUUGACCCAAUGCAUGAAAAGUAUGAGGAUGACAUCACAGAGGCUAUAAAUAAACUCACUGUUGUAGACUCCAAGAGACGAGCAUUUUAUCUUGAUUUAAAAAGUAAAUUUACAAUGGAGAAGAUUCUGGAUGUCCAGGACGUGAACACACGUAACAUGACCUUGACUAGCCUCGGUCUGACCUCGCUCUGUCACACAGAGUGGAUGGUUUUAAUCCAGGAACUUGAUGUAUCCCAGAACUACCUAACCUCACUCAAACCACUGAGUAAUCUCCCCUGUUUAAAGGUGCUCAUCGCCAAUAACAACUCGAUAAACUCUGUGGAAGGUCUGCAGCAUUGUAAACACCUCAAAAAAUUACAUCUACAGAAAAACGCCUUGCAGACAGUACAAGUAUUCAACAUUCUUUCUUCCCUCCCUCUUGAGGAUGUUAACGUGGCAGGAAAUCCUUUGUGCAAUACUGAAAAUUAUACUGAGGCCUUGAGGGCAAUCCUGCCAUUGAUGGCCCCGAGCUGAGGGCAGUGCUACUGUUCAUGGCCCCGAGAUGAGGGCAUUUCAUCGUGCUUGUUCUGUUUUCCUUGUCAAACACUCGGUGCUCCGUAGGAUCAGGGAAGAAGAGGAACUUACACAACAAAAUGUGAUAUCUAAGAUAUUUUAUCUUUCUUAGUAUUUUAUGAACAAACAUGCAGCUGUACAUGCAUUUUAAACAUGUGUAUUUACCAUGAUGUGCAAAGACACUCGAGAUAAAAUUUGUAUAUACAAUGUCUAGAAAUAUUGAACAUAAACCAAAUCAAGAAUCAUGGUCAUAAAUUUACACCUUCAAUUUUGAUAUGGUUUAACAAAUGACUGGCAUUUUCCUUUUCUUAUUUAUAUUUAGUCCCCCCCCCCCCCCCCCCCCCCAUUUUAUUCCUAGGGUAGCAGACAUAUUUAUUUUGACAGUUUUAUCUGUCCGUCUUUAACAUAUUGCGUCCAGACAUCCUUACCUGGAGUGACCUUGAGCAACAUCUAGAGUAACUUUUGUACAUGCAUGUUCACGACUCUUGUCACAAAUGUCAAAGCCAUGGAACUGACUUGAAAUAUGUCUGGGCUAUAAUAAAUAUUGCUUCAGUUUUGUUAUUGCCCAUGACCUAAAGUUGUACCAUGAUCGUUGAAUUAAUUCAAUCAGAUAACUUUGAUAUCGUGGCUGAUAGGGACUCAUGAUUUUGAGCCAAUGCCAUUUCAUCAAGGUCAUGGGUUUUCAUGUCUACUCUACAACUUAAAAACACCUCUGAAGACAGUGCAUGUUGUCAAAGAUUACACACAAUGGUGAAUUGACUUUGACUAGGAGGUGGGUGGGGCAAUAAAAAAAUUGUAUGUUUGUGAUAUUCUUUAACUGCUGCAAGUGUAGUGGUCCACAUGUGUACAGUGUGAUUGUGUGUUAGGCUAGAUGGUUAGGAAAUGCCAGGAUUUGCUGAUAGUGCAAUAUCAUACAAAUAAAUUUAAAAUUGCA